AUCUGGGGUGCACCGUACAAUUCCACGCCGCGUUUUCUGCACUUUCCAGACAGCACGGAAGCAAAACGAUAGAGGCGUAUCCACUAUGGCGGCAACCUACUGCGCCUACCCCGCCGCCGCCGCCGCCGCCGCCGCAAACCCUACCAGACGCCGCCUGCAAACCCUAACCGCGCCGGGCGCCCUACCUGCUGCUCGGAAACCCAGCCGCCAACCCCCCACCUUCCUCUCUUUCCGGCGCCCCAAUGCAGCGCUGCCGCCGCUCCGCGUCGCUGGCGCUGACCCGCAGGUUGUAAAUGGCGAAGAUUUCCCUCCUAUGAAUGACCUAAUUCGACUAUACAAGAAAGCCUUUCUAGAUGGAAACGAAGAUGUUGUUAGUGACAUCGAGAAGGCAAUCACUAGCAUGGAGGAAGAGAGAAGUAAAGCAGCUUCUCAGUUUGAAAGUAUCACAGCUGAAAUAGCUUCAGGGAAGAAUAAGUUUCUUCGCUUAAAUGCUGAUCUAGAGAAUUUUCGGAAGCAGACUGAAAAGGACCGUGCAAAGUUUACAUCGAAUAUACAAGUGGAACUUGUACAGAGUCUGUUGCCUCUGGUUGACAGCUUUGAGAAAACAAAUGUAGAGAUCACCCUAGAGACUGAGAAAGAGCAGAAGAUUAGCGCAAGCUAUCAAGGCAUAUACAAGCAAUUAGUAGAAACACUGAAAAACUUAGGCGUAGGGGUUGUGGAAACUGUUGGCAAGCCAUUUGAUCCAGUGGUUCAUGAGGCUAUCGCGCGUGAAGAAUCCACAGAGUUCAAGGCAGGCAUCGUCUCACACGAAGUCCACCGAGGGUUCCUUCUGAGGGAGAGGGUGCUAAGGCCUGCCGCGGUGAAGGUCUCUAAUGGUCCUGGUGACCAAAACGUGAGCUCCACAUCUUCGGAGGAGCCUGUGGAGGAUACCAAAGAGGAUGCUGCUGUGUGAAUCCGCCAGAAACCUGGCGCCAACAUUUACCAAGUCGUUGUAGCUGGAGCACCAUUGUUUGGGAGCUCUCGUUGUACUGUUAAUAUGGAGCAGAGUCAUUUAUGAGAAUGUACACCUAUGGUGAUCUGCAACUUUGCAAGUAUCCUAAAGAAUUUUACUUUGGUGCAA